UUUCGCUUUUCUGGGUAACUAAACAGGUCAGAGUGGUUGUUAUAUUUUUGCGCGAAUUCAACGAGACGGAAUUCGAUCCUUUUCCCUCCAUUUGCAGCCACCGCCAUGGAUUCCUCGGCGCUUUCUCGCUUCUCCUCUAUCCACUGCCUUAACUCGGCCGAUUCAGACAAACGAAGCCAUUUCUUCACUCGGAGGUCGGCGGCGGCAGCAACCGCGGCCACCGCCGACGUGGCCAUUGAAGCGCAGAAUCUCAGCUUCUCGAUCGCGACGCAGCAAGGGAAAUCCGUCCCGAUUCUUCAAGAUUGCUCCCUACGAAUCCCUUCCGGCCAGCUGUGGAUGCUUCUCGGGCCCAACGGCUGCGGCAAAUCUACUCUUCUCAAGGUUCUGGCUGGUCUGUUAAACCCUAAUGGUGGAACUUUCAAUGUCAAGAGGCCGAAGAGCUUUGUGUUCCAGAAUCCGGAUCAUCAGGUUGUCAUGCCUACAGUAGAAGCAGAUGUAUCCUUUGGUCUCGGAAAGUUCGACCUCUCAAAUGAUGAAGUGAGGCGCAGGGUGGCGAAAGCUCUUGAUGCAGUCGGCAUGGCUUCCUACAUGCAGAGACCUGUGCAAACACUGAGCGGUGGUCAGAAGCAGAGGGUUGCAAUUGCUGGAGCUCUGGCUGAAGCAUGUAAAGUGCUCUUACUGGACGAGCUAACAACGUUCUUAGAUGAGAAGGAUCAGAUUGGGGUGAUCAAAGCACUGAAGAACACAUUAGAUGUAUCAGAUGACGUUACAGCUAUAUGGGUAACCCAUCGACUGGAAGAGCUUGAAUAUGCAGAUGGGGCACUGUAUAUGGAGGAAGGGAAAGUCAUCAAGCGAGGAGAUGCUUCAAGAAUAAUGAAUUUCAUCAAAGCCAAACAAGCCUCGUACUUUCUGCGAAAUUAACCAGUGAUGUAUACAUGCUUCUCUUAUAAGCUUACGCUGUGACUGAUUUACUACUAAAUUCAAGAGAAGUUCAAGCUAGCUUGUGGUCCAGCUUUUCUUGCGUUUGAAAUGUUCACUUCUUAGUUGUGGCAGGGGUCAUUGUGUGCUUAGGGUAAUGCACUUGAUCAGAGUAGUUUUGUUUGGUAUAGAAUCUAGAAAGUCACUAGAUAUACUGAAUCUGAGGAAAAACCAGUUUAGCAUAACAGUAGCAGUAUUAUCUUUAAGGAAAACAGACUGGUCUUUCCCGAGAACUCGCGUAGAGAAGAAGGUUUGACACCUUAACAUCCAUAAUCUGUCGUGAUACUUCGAUUUUACUUCUCUUGUAAGAUCUUAGACUUCUCCGCUCUGAUCCUCCGAGUAGUUCAGGUUGGAGCUAGAGGCGCCUCAUUCCUGCUCGUUUCUACGAUAUUCUAUAUUCAAAUAGCUGAGAUUCGCUAAGAAGGACUACUGGUAUAGGAU